AUGAUACUUGUUACUAAUUCAUGUUUUGCUGGUUUUAUAUUUACACUUAUUUUAUUUUGGGUGACAAUGUCUACACUUUAUAACGAUCUUCAACAAAUUUAUUAUCAAGAUUUAUUUUGUAACUUUCGAGCGAUUCACAGUUAUUUGAUAGUUAUUUAUCCAACUCGUUUAUUUUGGCAAUCAGCAAAAUUUCAAUUUUCUCUCAUUAUUUUAACAUGGAUCGCUGCUUUUAUUUAUGCAUGUCCACAAAUAGCUACUAAUGCGAUCAAAUAUUCUGUUGAUGAUCAAAUAUGUCAACUGCCACUUCAUUUUUCUUUGUUAGCAAUUUAUAAUCUAUUUUGUAUUUAUAUAUUACCAAUAAAUGGUAUUGUAUUUAUUUAUUUGAAAUUAAUUCGAUAUGUUACAGAAAUGAAUAAAUGUGUUACAUUAGUAAAUAUUUUAUUACGUGCAAAGAAACAAUUAAAAUUGGUUUUUCGAAUUUUUAUACUUGUAUCAAUUUUCUUAACACUUGGUGUACCUUAUACAAUAUUUGUAUAUAUGGGAUUUUUUACUUCAACACCACAAUAUCAUUUUCGUAUUGCUGUGACAUUUAUCGAAAUAUCAUUAGUAUUUGUUAUAAUUGCUUUAUUUAAAUUUACUGGUUUAGUUUGA